AUGGAUCCCCUUGAGGAAUCGCCUUGGGGCGAUUCCGCGGCCACUUCGCAGUCGGCUCAGGCUCCAACAACCACUUCCGCUGAGCCGUCGCAGGAUGACGGGAACUCGUCUGCUCCCGCUACCUCUGCUCGACCCUCGCGUACAGCGCCCAGACGGCUGGUAGCCCAACCCACUCGCCUUGAAGCUGUCGAUGACGACGAUCCACUUGGUCCAUUGGGCCCCCUGGGCGGCGCAACGACCGAUAGCAGUCCUGAGCCCAACCAAGAUGCGCCUCCAGCCCCCCCGCAGAAGGAAGACAUGGUCAUCCGUACCACGAUGCCGCCCCGGCAGGCCCGGCGCAUGGGCCCAGCAGACCCCCAUCGCAUUGAUGACGACGAUGACCAGUUCAACCUUCCGACGGGACCGAGAGAACCGCCUCCCGUUCCACCCGCACAACCGAGCCCUGUGAGGACCACGACCAACCCGGGCGUCAGCAUUGAGCAGGCCAGCAAGCCGACCUUCCAUAUCACCGUUGGCGACCCGCAUAAGGUCGGCGACUUUACAAGCUCGCAUGUACAGUACGCUGUGCGGACGAAGACAACAUCAAAAGCUUACAAGGAGUCCGAGUUCGAAGUGAAGCGGCGUUAUCGCGAUUUCUUAUGGCUCUACAACACGCUUCAUGGGAACAAUCCCGGCAUCGUUGUGCCGCCUCCGCCAGAGAAACAGGCUGUUGGUCGGUUCGAUACCAAUUUCGUGGAGAGCCGCAGGGCGGCGCUGGAGAAGAUGUUAAACAAGAUUGCUGCGCACCCGACCCUGCAGCAUGAUGCGGACCUGAAGAUCUUCUUGGAGAGCGAGUCGUUUAAUGUGGACGUCAAGCACAAGGAGCGCAGAGACCGGAACCCCGGGGAGAGCAAGGGUGUCUUUGGUAGCCUCGGCCUAAACGUCGGUGGCGGCAGUAAAUUCGUCGAACAGGACGAUUGGUUCCACGAUCGGAGGAUUUACCUCGAUGCGCUGGAAAACCAACUCAAGGCGCUGCUCAAGACCAUGGAGAGUAUGGUUACUCAACGAAAGGCGAUGGCGGAAGCAGCGAAUGACUUCUCCGCAUCUCUGCAUGCUCUUUCAACUGUUGAGCUGUCGCCAUCUCUUUCCGGCCCUCUCGAUGCCCUUUCCGAACUGCAACUCACUAUCAGGGAUGUUUACGACCGUCAAGCCCAGCAAGACGUGUUAACGUUUGGUAUUAUUAUCGAAGAAUACAUUCGCCUCAUCGGCUCGGUCAAGCAGGCUUUCAGCCAACGUCAAAAGGCAUUUUAUUCGUGGCAUGCCGCCGAGUUGGAGCUCCAGAAGAAAAAGAGCACACAGGAAAAACUCCUCCGUCAGGGAAAGAGCCAGCAAGAUCGCCUUCACCAGAUGGGCGCCGAGGUUGCCGAAGCAGAGCGGAAGUGCCACCACGCGAGGGUGCUCUUCGAGGAGAUGGGCCGUCUGAUGCGGGCCGAGUUGGAUCGCUUCGAAAAGGAGAAGGUCGAGGACUUCAAGAGCGGGGUUGAGACCUUCUUGGAGAGUGCGGUUGAGGCCCAGAAAGAGUUGAUUGAGAAGUGGGAGACGUUCCUGAUGCAGCUCGACGCGGAAGAUGACGAGUCUGCUUUCUACCGCCCUCCGGUCAUAGGAGGUUCAUCUAAUCCCAAGCCCCCGGGGCAUACGGCCAUCGACCGUGCCCGUGCUACGAUCAAUGACGACUCGGACUAG